CCUGCGCUCGUGCAGCCCACGGCAGCUCGGUGCGUCUGGCCCGAGGCACCCUCGGUCCAUUUCGCGCAGCCCGAGCCCGGUGGGAGUCGCAGAGCCCAGGUUGGGGACCUCAGUGCCCCGUGCGCAGCGGAGAUCGCCGCGGCGCUUAGGAGAUGCCCCGGAGCCAGGCGCGUCCGAACGCGCCAUCCAACGCAGCGUGGGCAGAGCUAGCGCCUGAGUUCGCUGCUCAGCUCAGGAGGAUUGGAGACAAACUGUACUCUGCGCGGUGUGAACCCAACCUCACUGCGGUGCUGGCGGAGAUGCCUGGCAAGAAGGCGCGAAAGAGCGCGGCGAGGAGCCCAAGCCCAACGCCGGAUUCAGAAGACCUGGAAGAUGAGUGUGUUCAACUCCGGAGAAUUGGAGACAAACUGAAUUUAUGGCAGAAACUUCUGAAUUUUAUUUCCAAGCUCUUUAAUUUAGUAACCUGAGUUCUUCAAACGUUUUUGCAAGAAGGGACUCCCGGAAAGGAAGUUCCCAGUUGGUGCAAAUGUCUAUUAUUGUGAUGUGACGGAGAGGGAUGAGGAGGUUCCCUGAGCACGGAUAUAAUGAAUAAGAUGGAAAUGAAUUUCUUCAGGAAAGUUUUCGGAAAUCGUCCUUUGAGAUGUGAUAACGUAAAACCACAUUUAUUUUAAAUCAAGACUAGAGGAGUCAUGGAAAUAGGGAGGUAACUAGGAAUACAUCUGUCUUUUGAGCGUUGGUCUGGAGUUUUUGCGAGAGGUCGUUGUCAAAAGUCAUAGAAAGGGGCGUGGCAAAUGAUUACAUCGGGUGGA